UCCAGUUUGUGCGGUUAGGGUGGGUGUUGAUAUGGUUGCUCAUAUAACCCUUCAGCAUGCUAAUAUAUUCAAGAUGUACCGCAAGAGAAAACCAAGAAGAGGCGGGUCACAUUCCACGUUAUCGAUCUUGAGAAGAGAGUUUCCUGAUGGAAACUUUCAGAGCCUUUUUGGGGGGUCUUCCUGUAUCGUAUCAUCUUCCUCAUCAGCCAAUGUAGCGGCUGACCCAUUGUUAUCAUCGUUUAUUUCACCUAUCGUUGAUGGCUUCUUCACUUCGGAGUCAUGUGUAUCUACAGAAACUGGUCCAGACAAGAAUAUAUCAAGUCAGAGUUUACCUGAACGGAAUGCAAUAAAACCGUCUCUUUCAGCUGAGGAUCACAAGCAGAAGUUGAAACGGAGCGAGUUUGUACAAGAGCUAAUGAGUUCUACGAUUCUUGAUGACGGCUUAUAAUGGAGUAUUGCUUCUGGUAACUUCUAAGCAAUGAGGGAAACUCCAUGUUCUGCCUCAGAGAGAAAAUGUACGGAAUUAUUGUUUGUGUGGAGCAAAUAAAGGAGAGUGCGUUGUAGGGAGAGAGAGAGGGAUUAUGAGUCAAUGAGUGUAACUUAUGAACACAUUAGCUUCUAUAGUUAAUGCUCUAUUUUUCUGUAGGUCAUAAAACAACCAAAGUGUAAUCUAUUUCAUUGUAUUUGCCUCAGUUCUUCGUUUCCAAUUCCUUAAUUAGUCACGGUUUACGCUUUGGUA